AGCUGAGGCAACAUCUCAAGGAACCACUCGCUGUUGCCUGUUAGUCACCCGCAGGUAAACCACGCAAGCCACUACACAGUUCAUCCAUCCUUCUGCCCCAAGCUAAUUUCGCGCUCGAAACACGCGAUCCAUUUGAUUGAACCCAAACCCUAAUCUCCCAAUCCAAGCCUUCUGGAACAAGAAUUACCCGAGCUAAACCUGAAGCAUCCUAAUGCGCAGUGAAUUUGAAAAGCCCUAAAUUUUUUUGGGGAUUUUCUCCGUAAAUGGAUGCCAAGGACAUUCUGGGCUUACCCAAGAACUCAAUAACCCAAGAGAAAAAAUCUAGACCCCAGAAGGACUCUCAGCGAAAACCCGAUGGAAUUUCACGUGAGGUGUAUGCACUUACGGGUGGUUUUCCGCCUCUCAUUCCGGCGAUAGAAGCUUCUCAAUUAAAAAAAAGACCUCCAUCGGACGAGAAGAUCACUUGGCAGUGGCUUCCUUUUACAAAUUCUGCUCGGAAAGAUAACUUGCAUCUUUAUCACUGGGUGAGAAUUGUAAAUGGUGUUCCACCAACUGGUGACUAUUCCUUUGCCAAGUACAACAAGUCUGUUGACAUUGUCAAAUACACAGAUGAGGAGUAUGAGAAGUACUUGACUGAUCCUAUGUGGACCAAGGAGGAGACAGAUCAGUUGUUUGAACUGUGCCAAAGUUUUGAUCUCCGCUUUAUUGUGAUAGCUGACAGGUUCCCAUCAUCUCGGACUGUGGAGGAAUUGAAGGAUCGUUAUUACAGUGUGGCUCGAGCUAUGCUGGCUGCUAGAGCUCCAUCUCCUGGAGACAUCUCUGGUCACCCUCUUGUUAAGGAGCCUUACAAUGUUUCACAAGAGACAGAACGAAAGCGAGCAUUAUCUAUGGUCCUCUCUCAAACAAAACAGCAAGAGCGAAAAGAUGCUGAGGUUCUUGCUGAAGCAAAAAGAAUAACCGAGUCACGGAUGGUUGCAAGGGGAGCCGAAGAGUCUGAAUUGCCUGUCCCAUCAAAUGCUGGUCCCGAAAGUGCUGAGAGGGCUGCUAUUCCAAGUGAUACUGUAUCACCUUCGGCCAAUGUUCAACAUCCCUCUGCAGCAGUUGCACCUUCAACUAUAACAGUGGACAAUGCCUCUAUUCUAGCUUCUCUUCGCAUGCUUCGGGUCUAUCUGAGAACAUAUGCACUUGAUCAAAUGGUGCAAGCUGCGAGCUCAUCUGCUGGACUUCGGACUAUAAAGCGGGUCGAGCAAACUUUACAAGAACUUGGGGUCAAUCUAAAACCCAGAGUUCCAACCAAAGCUGUUUGUGCAGAGCAUCUUGAAUUAAGAAGAGAAAUAUUGACUCUACUGAAUCUUCAAAAGCAGUUGCAAUAUAAGGAGGCAGAAGGUUCCUCUUAUCGUGAUGGUUCUUAUGGUGAUACACCGGGCACACCUAAGCAUUUAAGCCAUGGUGGGGAUCAGGAUCGGAUAUUUGUUCCAGACAUGAAUUUUGCAGGGGAAAGGAUUGGCAAAAGGGACCAGAAACGCAAGGCGCCUGGAAGGCUAUCAGAAGCUCCAUUGCCCGCUCACAAAAGGCCUAGAAAAUUAAAGGCAGCAGAUCUAUAAGCAACAAAGCAAAUGAACUUUCCAUGAAGUGGAAUGCAGAAUACAUGUGAAUGGUUUAGGAGUUCUUUUGGCAGAAGGAAGUUUUGGUUGCAGAAUCCUUCCAAUGGGAGCACAGGAGUUCUUUAGUUGGAAGCAGAAGUUGAAGCACCAACUCAUGUUCCUUACAGGGAAGUUUAGUUUGUGCAUCAUCAUAAUUUGGUUUAAUGUAAAGCCGUAAUGCGCUUAGCGACGAGGAGAAACCAGAGAUCUUUUAAGAAUGACAAUUGUUUUGUACAUAAAAACUAGUGUUUAUCCCAUGUGGUGUAACAAUGUUGCUGUUUCUGACCAACUUAAAUUGAUCCACAAAGAGAUUUCAGCC